AUGUCUUUUCUCCUCCGCCCCGUACUCUUCCUCUUAUCCCUCCUCCCCAUCCUCGCAUCAGCAUCACCGCGCCACUUCUCCACUCUCAAGCCCGCCUACUUCCUCCUCGCCGGCGACAGCACCACCGCCACCCAAAGCGCCAACGGCGGCGGCUGGGGCGAUGGCUUCCUAAACCACACUCUCCGGCAAGGCUCCUCGGGCCACAACUACGGACACAACGGCGCCACUACAAAAUCCUUCCGCGAAGGAGGCGAUUGGGCAAAAGUGAUUGAAGAGGCCAAAACAAAGAUUGGAAACUACACUGUUUACGUGACCAUUCAAUUUGGACAUAAUGAUCAGAAGGUUACCAGUGGGGUUAACGAGACGGAAUAUGGGGGUAAUCUCGAGAGGUUUGGGAGGGAAGUUCAAGAGGUCGGAGGGAUUGCUAUUUUUGUAACUCCCUUGACCCGUCGUAAUUACGCUGCCACUUCUCCUCCUACUAUCAAACAAGAUCUGGCUAUUCAGCGUAAUAUCACGAUACAAGCGGCUCACACCACCCGCUCCCGUCAUAUCGAUCUCAAUAUCGCGAGCACGGAUUAUUGCAACGAGAUCGGGCCGGAUGCGGCGUGGGAGUAUAAUUUGAACCCUACUGACCAUACGCAUUUGAAUGUACAUGGCAGUGUGGUGUUUGGGAGGAUGGUUAGUGAUUUGAUGGUGAAACAGUUUGGGGAUAUUAGGGCUGUGACGGAGGGCAAUGGGACAUUGAGUAGGGAGAUUUGGGGAGGAGUUGCUGCGUAGGAGGGGAGGAGGGGGGAAGGGGUGAAGGGGUGAAGAUGGAAGGGGAUGUGAAGGGGUAUGAGAAUGAUAUUGGUACCAACUUGGGCGUGCGCUCCUUGAUCAUUUUCCUAAGCUACUGAGUUCGAGACAUACAUUCAGGCAGAGCUCGAAUCAGUAAACACCGUUC